GUAAUGUCUGAUUUGAACACCUGAGGGACAGCAGAUUCUGUACCGGCCGAACAAAUUGUCGUUGUCAUUAGAAUAUUUUUUAUCUUUUAAAGAAUUGGUCACGUCAGAAUACAAAACGCCUCCCAAAUCACCCAAUGCCAGAGCAGUGGUCUCCAACCCCGGUCCUGGAGAGCUACAGGGUCUGCUGGUUUUUGUUUUCACCUUAAAAUCAGCACCGAAUUGAAAUCCAAGACACCAGACCGGUCCCCUUGCCUGCCAGUCUGUGCGUGUGUGUGGCGUGAGGGCGUGGUCCUCGCAGCGAGGGGCGCUCUUGUGAACUAGGCCCAGAGCUGGCGAAGUGCAGCUAUGCUGACCCUUUCUGAAGACUGCUCGGUCUGAAGUCAGUUUUGCACACGCAGAAUGUUAGCAUGGCUAGUGGCCCAGCUCUGCCAGACAGCCUGGUGCUGGAGAUCUUCCUGCAUUUGCCCCAUGACGCAGUGCUGAUCGCUGGGCUCACCUGCCACCAGUGGCUGGCAGUGUCCCGGGACGAGUUCCUGUGGAGAGAGCUCUUCUACAGCUACUACCGAAUCCCACGCUCCGUCCCCCGGCACCCAGCGGCCGUGUCCUGGUACAGGGAGUUCAAGCGUCUGUUUGACUGCAUUCCCUGCGUGGAGGUGCAGACGCUGAGGGAGCACCAUGAUCAGGUCCUGCACCUGGCCUUCUCCCACCGAGGCCACCGCUUCUCGUCCUGCUCCAAGGACUGCACCGUCAAGCUGUGGGACACGGAGCGGCCGGACGGCGACAUCGCGCUCGUACACAGCUCCAGCAUGCGCCAGUUUAACUGGGGCUACACCCAGUUCUCCCAGUUCAACGCGGACGACAGCCUGCUGCUGGUGUCGGGGGUCUACCUGGGGCCCCAUCAGUCCUCCUCUGGGGAGAUCGCUGUCAUCAGCCUCGAGAACUACACCCUGCUGUCCCGGGUGAGGAACAAGCCCUACGAUGUUUUUGGCUGCUGGCUGAACGAGGCGCACCUCAUCUCUGGGAACCUGCACUGGAUCGGGAACAUGACCUCAUGCUCUGUUCUUUGGCUCAACAAGGCUUUCCAGGUAUGGAUUAGAGAUACGGUGAACGUGGUGAAGCGUCUCUUCAAGAUCCAGAACAUGAACGCCAGCACCAUCCGCACGGUGAUGGUGGCUCACUGCCGGCGCCACGACUCGCCGGACCUGCUGCUGGACUACGAGGCGCAGUCCCGGGCCCGGGCCGAGCGGGAGCGCGGCGGGCAGUGCCACCAGCCGCUGCUCUUCGACUUGGGCGACAGCGAGCAGGAGGAGGAGGAGGAGGACGGGGACGAGCAGGAGGACGGGGAGGAGGAGGAGGCGGGGGAGGCGGGCCGGGCGUACCCGCGCCCCACGCACGCCGCCCACAGCCUGAGGCUCGGUCACAUGAUACAGGGUCAGCGCAGUACGACAGAGAGAGAGAGGGAACUGGAAUCCCGGGUGGCCGAGUUCAUGGGGAAGACCCGAACCUCCCGGCCCGACUCCUCCCUGCUCACCCCCUCCCCCUCAGGAGAGGCGGAGGAGAAGACCUACCUGCUCUUCACCACCGGCAGCCUUACCUACUCUCCUCACCAGAUAGGGAUCAAGCGGAUCCGACCGGAUCAGAUGACCACCUGCGGGCCGGUCCUGGGGGAGGAGCGAAGCUCGGACGAGUUCUUCGACUCGCUGGACCACGUGAUCGACAUUCACGGCCACAUCAUCGGCAUGGGCCUGUCCCCCGACCACAGGUACCUGUACGUGAACAGCCGGGCAUGGCCGGCGGGGUGCGUGAUCUCGGACCCCAUGUCGCCCCCGCCCAUCGCUGAGGAGAUCGACCUGCACGUCAUCGACCUGAAGAGCCUGCGGGAGGAGAGGCGGAGCCUGCGGGCGCACCGGGCCUUCACGCCCAAUGACGAGUGCUUCUUCAUCUUCCUGGACGUCAGCCGCGACUUCGUGGCCAGUGGCGCGGAGGACAAGCACGGGUACAUCUGGGACCGCCAUUACAACAUCUGCCUGGCGCGGCUGCAGCACGACGACGUGGUCAACUCGGUGGCCUUCAGCCCCGCCGACCAGGAGCUGCUGCUGUCCGCCAGCGACGACUCCACCAUCAAGGUGUGGCGGUCGCCCCGCAUGGUGCGGCUGGCCCGGGCCCCCCCGCGCCCCGCCCCCACCCGCAGGCUCCUCUCCUGGCUGCUGGAGAAGAGGAACGCCGACGCCGCCGCCGCCGCCUCCACCGCCGACCUCAACGGCAAGCCGUGAGGCCUUUUUGGGGGGCGGGGACUCUGCCCCCGACAGCCCGUCAGCCCUCCUCUCUCUGCUCAAACGCUCCAGGAACGCACAGUCAGCUGUCCCUUUAUUUGCUCUGUUCCCCCCCCCCCCCCACCCCUUUUUUUUUGUUUCUUUUACCCCCUUUUCUCCAAGACUCACUGGCCACCAGGAAGCCUGCAGAGCAAUGUGUCGGCCACUAGGAGGCACCACAGUGACACAAGUUCAGCCCCGGGGGCCCCCUCCCCGAUUCCCCUAUCUGGCUCAAGGUAGCAAUGUCUGGUCUUCUGUGAUUGGUCCACCAGGUAACGCCCUUACGCUGAGCUCUAGGUGUCCCGGGAGUGACCUCAUCCCGGCACGGAACUUCUCCCAGAGAAACCGAAUCCCAGAGAGACGGUAUCCCAGAGAGAUCGUAUCCCAGAGACAUCCUCUGGGUGCAGACAGCUACCCAUCUGAAUCUGGGAGACUAACCAAGCAGGA